AUGUCGCAACUGUCGAUUGUGAAAGAUCAACUGCUCAGUAAGGGCAUCAACCACUUUGUUGUGCUAUCCAGUUCCGGUCAGGUGGUCGAGUACAGCGGCGACUUUGAGAACAAGGAGAAGCAGAUACUGGCGUACGCUAUUCUUCAGCAAUGCACAGCGUUGUUUGCGAAAGGUGAGUUGAUGAAGCGAGUCACCAUGAAGUUCGAGGACGUGCUUUACGUGGGGACAACCGUUCAAGAUGGUGCGACGGUGUACGGUGUUGUAGCCAAGCGUCCCACGAACGCGGCGACGAUGUGA